AUGCUCGCAACGUUCGCCGUCGCUGUGGUGACCGCCGCUUUUGCGGCGAAGGUCAAUGCGGAAACUCACACCGUCAGCUUCACGAACAAGUGCUGCACUGACCGGUAUUGCUCUCAGCCGUACUUGUUGGGCGAGAACGGCGAGAUAGUUCUGUCCACUGGAGGAGAAUCAUACACGUCUGACGGCCCCCUUGUGGACUUGAUCUCGGAUGCCUUUCUCAUGAUACGCUCUCAUUUCAUAGGUUCCUGUGGGGACAGUGGCGAAGGCUGCACGGUUGUGAACGCAACACUGACCAACACUGGUAGUAGUGUUUCCCUAGAACUUACUCCCCCCUAUGCUUUCAGUGUCACGACAGGAUUUGGCUUUUACAAUGGUUGCGACGGAGGGUUCGAUUGUACUUCAGUAGAGUGUACAGAACCUUACGGAGUCUCCCCCGGGCCAAUAAGUGUUGAAUGUUCUGCGCCUAAUGUCGAUCUUGCCAUCACGUUCUGCGACUAG